UAACACAGUCCAAUGUUGCCAGCCGGCGUUGAGGAGAAGAGGGUGCCGUCGUCUUCCUCUCCCAGUUGCCGCCGCGGAGAGGAGCUUAGCUGAUCAGGUCGAGGAGCGCGGUUACCCGACGGGCCGGGUCUAUGGUCGCUCCGCGGGCCGCUCCGCCGGCUGGUGCUUUUUUAUCAGGGCAAUCUGCGCUCCAUGGCAGGGAACUUUUGGCAGAGCUCCCACUAGAUUGGUGUCUGUUCAUUCAUUUUUUUCCACCCUUUGCUUGAAGAGGAAAAGAAACAAUGUACUUGGAGACCUGUUUUCCAAAAGUUUGCAGUGGAUUUUGGAUAAACAAGAUCUGUUGAAGGAGCGCCAGAAGGAUUUAAAGUUUCUCUCAGAAGAAGAAUAUUGGAAAUUACAGAUAUUUUUUACAAAUGUUAUCCAAGCAUUAGGUGAACAUCUUAAAUUAAGACAACAAGUUAUUGCCACUGCUACAGUCUAUUUCAAGAGAUUCUAUGCCAGGUAUUCUCUGAAAAGUAUAGACCCUGUAUUAAUGGCUCCUACAUGCGUGUUUUUGGCAUCCAAAGUGGAGGAAUUUGGGGUAGUCUCAAAUACAAGACUGAUUGCUGCUGCUACUUCUGUAUUAAAAACUAGAUUUUCAUAUGCCUUCCCAAAGGAAUUUCCUUAUAGGAUGAAUCAUGUACUAGAAUGUGAAUUCUAUCUUUUAGAACUAAUGGAUUGUUGCUUGAUAGUGUAUCAUCCUUAUAGACCUUUGCUCCAGUAUGUGCAGGACAUGGGCCAAGAAGACAUGUUGCUUCCCCUUGCAUGGAGGAUAGUGAAUGAUACCUACAGAACGGAUCUUUGCCUACUGUAUCCUCCUUUCAUGAUAGCUUUAGCUUGUCUACAUGUAGCCUGUGUGGUACAGCAGAAAGAUGCCAGGCAGUGGUUUGCUGAGCUUUCUGUGGAUAUGGAGAAGAUUUUGGAAAUAAUCAGGGUUAUUUUAAAACUAUAUGAGCAGUGGAAGAAUUUUGAUGAGAGAAAAGAGAUGGCAACUAUUCUUAGUAAGAUGCCAAAACCAAAACCACCUCCAAACAGUGAAGGAGAGCAGGGUCCAAAUGGAAGUCAGAACUCUAGCUACAGCCAAUCUUAAAACAUUCCGAAGAAUUCCAUAGUGGACCUCUUGGAAAUAAACCAUUGGACAGAUUUCAGUAAUGUCUUCAGUGGAACACAAAUGAAAAUGAAUAGCUUGUUUCUGUCAAGCAAUAUUGGGAAGUGAUUUUAUUUUUGCAAAAUAAGUUUUUCUUUACCUAGUUUGAUUUUAAUACAUAAUUGAUUAAAAUCUCUUCAUUAUAAAAGUUUAGAAAGGUUCUGAGGGAACCAACAGGCAGACAUACAUAGGCAUCUCAAAAUUAGUAGCUUUUGCUUAGUAUACUACUUAAUUUGGAUAAUAAAAACUGGCUUUUUAUUAAGUCAGGAAACAAAACAUGAUUUAUUUAAAUUUUUCUUUGGUCAUUGAGGGACCAAAAAAGGACAUAAAAAGGUCAAUAUAUGAGGGUUUUUAAUCCCCUCUGUAGGUUAAACUUUAAAACUAUUUAAGGAAUCAAACCUUACAAAAUCCUAGAAGUAAUCAGGGAAAUUAAUCAAGUACUUACUGAUUUUUAAAAUAUAUUUUAUUAAGUCGUUUUGGUAUCUUGCCAUGGAAGAUACUAGCCCUGUCUAGCAGAAGAGUGCAAUAUGUAUAGCCUAAUUUUGACAUUUUAAAAGUUAUGUUAAUUCCAUAAGUAUUUUGAAAUACUGGGCAAAUUGUAAAAAGCGAUCCAUGUCAAGUUAUUUGCAACUAACUUGCAGUUAAACAGGCAUUUUGAAAAUUUAAUUGAAUAAAAUAUCAUAAUAAGGUUAAAAUUUGGUAAAUUUUUUGUUAAUUUUUAAUCUGUGAAAAGUUUUUAAAAUAAAAUUAAUACACCCGAGUUUAAUUUUUGUGUCUUAGUGUGGACAUAUACAUCCAUUGCAGGUAUCCUGAGCCAGAAUACAAUCAGGUUUCAGGCCAGUUUGAUACUGGCUAUUAACUCUCACAAGUGUAGGAUUUCAGACUAAAUGUUAUGUCAGUGGGACUGUGCUGUCUGUGAAACCUAAUAAAUUAAUCAUUUUCUUCAUACUUGAAGGAGACUGAUGAAUAAAACUUGGAGUCAUAGGAUAUUAAUGUACGAUUUAAGGAUUAAACAUUUUUAUAGCUUAAUUGUGAACAAUGGAUUAUUCAGUGUUGACAUCCUAGUAUAAAACAAGAAUAAAAGUACAU